AUGUCAAUCCUGCAACUGCAUGUUGAUUCACCUCUUGUAGCAACAAGGGAUUCUUCAAAUCUACUGGCACAUGAGGCUGUGUUUGCAUUGGGUCAAAUGCAAGAUGCGGAUGCUAUCCCUGCUCUAGAAUUAGUUCUUAAGGACCUUUCUUUGCAUCCCAUUGUUCACCAUGAGGCUGCAAAAGCUCCUGGUGCAAUUGUCGAAUCAAGGAGGCAGGAGCUUAAGAAUGUUGGAGAAAUUGAUGGUUCUUCACCCUUUUUGUCGGUUGAUCCAGCUGCACCUGCUUCUUGUUCUUCUGUUCAUGAACUCAGGGAAGUUCUUUUGAAUGAAGAAAAGGGCAUGUAUGAACGGGAAGUUCUUUUGAAUGAAGAAAAGGGCAUGUAUGAACAGUAUGCAGCUUUUUUUGCACUUCGAAACCAAGGGGGAGAUGAAGCUGCCACUGCUGUCAUCCAAUCUUUAGGUUCAAAGAGUGCUCUCCUGAAACAUGAGCAUUGUCUUGUUAUUUUUGCAAAUGACCGGUGUGUAGCACUUCUUGAGGAGUUUGCAAAGGGUCCUGAGCCUAUUGUGUCCCAGAGCUGUGAAGUUGCUCUCAGCUUGCUAGAAUUUGAGAGAUCUGGCAAAUCAUUUGAGGUAGUUCAAGAGAAGCAAAAACAUGUUUCGUUUGUAUGUGAACAUAUUUUUUCUGGAUGGAUGGUUAACCACGGCAUCCUGUACAGUACCUCUUCAUGCAGACACCUCAACUGCAGCAAGCCUCAUGCUAAAUCAUUUCACUUCUCCGGAGCUCCAAGAUAUUCAACACUGCUGUGUGUGCCACUAUACUGA